UCCCUCUGUCCCCACAGGCACCCAGUUCCUACACAGUUACUGGCUACUGCACUUUGAAGCGACUCCCUUCUUGGGCUCUUCCCUAAUACAGCUCUGGGCCUGGGUACCAAUUGCUCCUCGUGCCUCUGAGCUCAUUCUGGAGUUCAAGGACCAUCAAGAGGACUCACAGAGAACCCUUCUGGAUACUUUCCCCAUCAUCUUCUCAUCUUACCAGUUAGAAAGAGGGGCCUUAUUGGAGAUCUACUGUUUGCUGAUGUAUUGGAUGGAGGUGGUGCCCGUCCUCCUGGCGGAGAAGUCUGUGUUCACCCAGGUCCCCAAAGCUAUCUUGACGGAAUGUUCCAGUUCUCAAGAAAAGCGCGAUGUCGUGCUGCUGUUUGUGUCCUUGCCUCACGCUCAGCCACCUCUGUUCCACGUGCCUUACAUCCAGGAGCCCUUUAUCCCUGAUGAGGAACAGCAGAUCUUAAGUCAGAGCGACCAGGGAGUGGGCCAUGGCCAGGCUCAUCGCCCGAUGCAGAAGCUCUGUCAUCUGCAGGAUCAAAAGGUGAACCUCCACAGAGCUCCGUGGGGCCAGUGCAUCGUAGCGCCCAAGACGUUCAGCUUCUCGUCCUGUCAAGGGGUCUGCCUGGCCCUGAACAGUGAGCUCCUUCACUCCGAUCCCAGAUACUAUAAGAGGGAAGCGCCCACCUGCUCCAGGUUCUCUCAGAUCUGUAGUCCUGCCAAGGUCCGUUUUUUCUCCUUGAUGGUCCAGGAUGAUGAACACAAGAUGAGCGUGCACUACCUGAACGCUACCCUGGUAGAAAAGUGUCCUGCUCCUGAGAUGCCUCAGAGCCUCCUGUGGAUCCGACAUCGUCUCCAGAGCUUUGUGGGAGGGUGAGGGGAUGUGGUUUGUUUAACAAGGCACAGGGAAGAUGGAGU